UCAUUAAGACCGGAAGUUCAAACAGGUGCGAUCAAACGCAAAGGGACAAAAGUGAUCGAAAACUACAAAAUAGGAUUUCACAAAUCUCUUCCUUCCAUCACAGUAGAACAUGAGAACGUGUGAAUGAAGAGGCGCCGGGCCUCAUGUUGCGCCCCCGUGCUUUACGCACGGGCUGCGUGGAUUUAGGACCUCGAGGAUGCCAAAGGGUUCCGUGCGCGUGGUGCGCGCGCGUAGGAGACCGCGCCAGUCGGACCGGACGCGCCGGUGGAGCAGCAGCAGCAGCAGCAGCAGCGAUGGGAGCUUCGCAGACGCGCCCCGAGCACAGGCACCAGGACCUGGCGGACAGAACCGGAUUUUCACUGGAGCAGAUCAAAAACCUUCACAAGAGAUUCCAGCAGCUGAGUGGAGACGAAGACACAAUAAGUAAAGAGAACUUGGAAAGCAUACCGACGCUCGCCAACAACCCGAUCAGAAAGCAAAUCAUCGGAGCAUUCUUUGAUAAAAGGAACCAGCACCGGGGCGAGGCGGGCUCCUGCGACCAGAUCGGCUUCGAGCAGUUCCUCAUGGUCAUGUCCCACUUCCGGCCCCCCACCUUGAAGAUGACGGCGGAGGAGAAGGAAGCGAUGAGGCGAGAGAAGCUCCGCUUCCUGUUCAACAUGCAUGACACCGACAACGAUGGCACCAUCACGCUGGUGGAGUACCGGAAGGUAGUGGAAGAGCUUUUGUCAAAAAGCGGCAGCAUCGGGCAGGAAGCUGCCGAAGCGAUCGCAGAUGCCGCCAUGUUGGAAGUGGCGAGCACGAACGUGCCCACCAUGGGCCCAGAUGAUUUCUAUGAAGGGAUCACAUUCGAGCACUUUGAACAGAUUUUGAAGGGACUUGAAAUGGAGAGUCGGAUGCACAUUCGCUUCUUGGACGUCGACACCACCACAAUGAGAUGUGGCAAAUCGACCUCUUAAAUGCUUGUAGCGGAAGUAUUCCAAACGCUCGAUGUGCACUAAUAUAUUUUUGGAUGGUGAGAAGUAAUUCAUUUACUACCAAGUACUUUUAUACAAAUUAAAUGAAAUAAGAUUGUUUUUCGUUCGGUCUCCGGUUUGACGCUAACGCUGCCUCUCUGCUGCCCCACAAGUUGUUCAGUGAAGUCGACUCGUGCUGCUCGCUCGUCGGUUUACGGCUAACGCUCAAAGAGCAGCAUUCCUCUGCAGCGCCGCGGUCGUCACAUGUUCAAUUGAUCCGCAAGAUGAAUGAUUACGGGCUUGUAUUGAUGGAUUGAAGUGAUAAUAACUAAAGAAAUGCAUGUGUAAGAUUUUGUUUAGAGAGACUAAUAAAAAUUGCACGGAAAUCUU